AUGGUCCCCAUUGAUUCCGGCCAUCGGAUGGAUUUCCUGGCUCCAGCGAGGGAUGUGUUGGCGAAUAUCGUGAGUAAAAUUCCUCCAUUUACCCGUCACGUGCAACAGGAGUAUUUCUCCCCUGUGUGAUUCAGCCUUUCGACAGCCGAGUAAUCUUCAAAUGAUAGGUUCUCUUGGAUGUUUUGGGUCUCGACGAUUAGGCAAGUCACCGUCCAAUCUAACAGCACCACUCUGCGGAGUUGAUGUACUUAUUCGGCGUAUGUGCUUUCUUGCGCGAAAGUGAAUUCUGGCGGCUCGGGUGUCACGAGUACUUUUGUUUAUCUGGGCCUUCAAAUCCAAAUUAUACUAUAGGUACUUUAAGGAAGACUUUGUUUGGCCUACUAUCAGGUGUUUACUCUGCGUCAUCCUUUCUAGCUCUUCACUUGAGCAAUUUUUACGCACGGAUCACGCGAACUAGCCGCUGGUGGCACAUGCUCUGAAGGGUUGCUGAGCGGCACCAGAUCAUCUGCAUUGCAAUUCAUUUCAUUCCUAGCAAGGAAUGCAUUUGUGCUUAGUAAGAGAGCCGGAGUCCACUCAUAGCGCACUUCUGAAUGAACCGAGCCCUACCUCAUAUUAACUGAAUGACCUCGAAGGGCUCAGAUUUAGUCUCGCCCUGUCCUCUGUCAGAGGACUAGUUACUACCUUGCUGAGCCCUCCUCAGUGCGAACAAUGCCCCGCUCCCAACAUACCCGCGCUUACAACGCGCAUUCCGCGCACGAAUCGGUCUCGUAGGACACCCUCGGAUUCGAUGAAUCAUUUACCCGACAACACCUACCUCUUCUUCCGGCCUCGGCCCUGCUGCAAUCCAAGCGCCGACCGCCACACCCGUCGCACCAAUCACACUAUAGCCGCCCCCCCCCGACGGCACACUUCAUUGGCAACUUCCACCCCGAGCAAAUCCCAGCAUGGACCACCACCACCACCACCACUACCACCACCACCACCACCACCACCACCACCACCACCACCACCACCACCACCACCACCGCCACCACCACCACCACCGCCAACUGUGAACUGAGGCCUGAACCGUUGCCCUAG